UUUCCCUAAACACCACUUCGCAACCCAAAAUUUACACUUCUUCUGUUACUGCGGCCGCCAUUUCUGCUUUCAUUUUCAAGCUCACCCCUCAUUGGUUUUUCAUUUUGCUUAGUUUCAAGAUAUGGGUAAGCUUCCUUCUUCUUUUAUUCUUCGUUCACUUGUUAAUGGGGGAAUCCAUCUUUCUAAUUUCCACUCUUUUUCUUCUUCUAACACCAUUGCUACCCACAUCGAAGCUUAAGUAAGAAACCCAUGUUUGUUAGAGGAAAGGGGAAAAUAGAUGAUGGCUUCGAUAAUGUUGACGAUGCUUUGAUUUUGUUCAAUAAGAUGAUUGAAAAGUACUAAAGCCUUCCAUUGUGGAAUUCAAUAAAUUAUUAGCAGCCAUUGUUAGGAUGAAACAUUAUGCCAUUGUUGUUUCUAUGUAUAGACAGAUGGAAUUAUUAGGCGUUUCCCAGGAUGGUUAUUCUUUGAACACCUUGAUUAAUUGCUAUUGUCAAUUAGGUCGAAUUGGUUUUGGGUUUUCUAUUUUGGGGAAAAUGCUGAAGUUAGGUGUUGAGCCUAGUGCUGUAACUUUUUCAACUUUGAUUAAUGGACUUUGUAAUCGAAGUAAGAUUUCUGAAGCUGUUAGUAUAUUUGAUGAAAUGACUAAAAGAGGGUAUCAACCUAAUUUGAUUGUUUACAAUAUAAUACUUAAGGGGUUGUGUAAGAGUGGCAAUACAGAUAAAGCUAUUAGGUUUCUAAGACUGAUGGAAGAUAGAGAUUUUGAAACCGAUAUUGUAACAUAUAGCACAGUCAUUGACUGCCUUUGUAAGAAGGGGCUAUUAAAGGAGGCUCUCGAUCUCUUCUCUGAAGUAAAGGUUAAAGGCAUUAGACCAAAUACCAUUACCUUAAUUCAUGGUAUGUGUAAUUCGGGACAGCAAGAGGAGGCAACAAGGCUUUUGAAUGAAAUGGUUGAUAACAAUAUGCAAUUUGCAAUGAAGGAAUGAUUUCUAAAGCUGUAGAGAUCAUUAACAUGAUGAGAAAGCAUGACAUUGAGCCCAAUGUUGCCACGUAUAGUACAUUGGUUUAUGCGCAUUGCAAGGAAGGGAUGGUCUCUGAAACAGAGGAUUUUGUUGACGCAAUGAUAAAGCAAGAAAUCGAGCCUAAUGUCGUUACCUAUAGUGCAUUAGUUAAUGGUUAUUGCUUGCGGAACGAAAUGGAUAAAGCUAGAAUAGUUUUGCAGAUGAUGAUUGAGAAGGGUUGUGCACCUAAUAUAGUUACUUA